GCCACCGCCCCCCUCCCCCGUCAUUGCGCAGGCGCAGCCUGCGAGCGUGGGGUGUCUCGAGGUUGGCGGCUGCCGGCGCUCAAGAGCGCAGGGGUUUGUGGCCUGCGUUCGACCGGCACCAGUCUCUCACUCUCCGAGGCAGCGAGGCGCAGCGAUCCGUCUCCCCGGGCCCCGUGCGGUGUGGCCAUGGAGAAUCAGGUGCUGACGCCUCACGUCUACUGGGCUCAGCGACACCGCGAGCUGUAUCUGCGCGUGGAGCUGAGUGACGUACAGAAUCCUGCCAUCAGCAUCACUGAAAAUGUGCUGCAUUUCAAAGCUCAGGGACAUGGUGCCAAAGGAGACAAUGUCUAUGAAUUUCACUUGGAGUUCUUAGACCCUGUGAAACCAGAGCCGGUUUACAAACUGACCCAAAGGCAGGUAAACAUUACAGUACAGAAGAAAGUAAGUCACUGGUGGGAGAGACUCACCAAGCAGGAGAAGCGCCCACUGUUUUUGGCCCCCGACUUUGAUCGCUGGCUGGACGAGUCUGAUGCGGAAAUGGAGCUCAGAGCCAAGGAAGAAGAACGCCUAAAUAAACUAAGAAUUGAAAGCCAAGGGUCCCCUGAAACUCUUACAAGCUUGAAGAAAGGAUACCUGUUCAUGUAUAAUCUUGUGCAGUUCUUGGGAUUCUCCUGGAUCUUUGUCAACAUGACUGUGAGGUUCUUUAUUUUGGGAAAAGAGUCCUUCUAUGAUACGUUCCACACCUUGGCCGACAUGAUGUAUUUCUGCCAGAUGCUGUCAGUUGUGGAAACUAUCAAUGCAGCAAUUGGAGUCAUUAAGUCACCAGUGAUACCUUGUCUUAUCCAGCUUCUUGGAAGAAAUUUCAUUUUGUUUAUCAUCUUUGGCACCAUGGAAGAAAUGCAAAACAAAGCUGUGGUUUUCUUUGUGUUUUAUACAUGGAGCGCAGUUGAAAUCUUCAGGUACCCCUUCUACAUGCUUUCCUGCAUUGACAUGGAUUGGAAGGUGCUCACAUGGCUUCGUUACACUGUGUGGAUACCUUUGUAUCCUCUGGGAUGUUUGGCAGAAGCUGUCUCAGUGAUCCAGUCCAUUCCAGUAUUCAAUGAAACAGGAAGAUUCAGUUUCACAUUGCCAUAUCCAGUGAAAAUCAAAGUUAGAUUUUCCUUUUUUCUUCAGAUUUAUCUCAUAAUAUUAUUUUUAGGGUUGUACAUAAAUUUUCGUCACCUUUAUAAACAGCGCAGGCGGCGCUAUGGACAAAAAAAGAAAAAGGUCCACUGAAAACAAAGAUUGAGAGGAUUCCUUGCCAGUUUGAGCCUAAUCUAUAAUUCUUACAGUUUUACCUUCUUGUACUGAUGUAAAAGUUUUUUUAAAGUUAAAUGAUUAAAUUCUCAGUGAAGCUAUCUUCCCUUUUCCCCCAUAACAUUCCUGAAUUUACCGAACUAUCUUAGUGUAGUACUUGCAUGACAUGGGUUCCUGGUAUCUGAGGACAGGUUUGUUCUUGUGUGUUCCAUUAAUGACCGCAAAAGACUCAGCCCUACCCCCACACACUCCUUGUCCUGUCACUCUCACACGGGCCAGAGAUAUUUCUUCAGUGCCCUAACCCUACCAGGUACUGGCCAUUCUUAUAGCUGGGAAUUGUUCUUUUCAGCUGUUGCUUGCAAGAAAAAAACCACUGUUGCCUCUACAGGGGGCUGUGAAAGUGACUCAGGCAGGACCUUGGAUCCAUUCUGUAUCCAAGGAGUUGCUUGUUAAGUGGGGUGGCAUUGAUUUUUGGAAAACCAAGUUCAACUCAGUCAUUGAUAAAACAUUUCUGAGUCUGAGUGGAGCUAGAGAACACCUAUUACCUCUGAAUCUUUUGGCCUCUAACACCACCUGCUACGUGCUUACCUGUGUGUGCACGGGAGAGGCAUGGAAUGAUUUGGGAGAAACCGGUCAGAACCUUGGAACACCAUGAUCACUUACUUCAUUCCUGGCUAAAUCAGAACUAUUUUCAACACUAGAGAAAGAUGAAACAUUAGUUAGAAAACAAUGAGAUUAUAAGAGUUCCAAACCCAAAUGGCUACAGGGUGUCAGAGGGUGAAACUGGCAGUAAGACAGCGGCUGGCAGUGCAGCCUGUGGCAACCUGGGAGCAGA